AUGGGAGUAAAAUUUGAAUUUUUUAAAUUUUUUAAGUUAAAUUAUUACUCUUUUUAUGUUAAGAAAGAGAAAAUUUAUACUUUUUUGCAUACAACUACUGCAUAUUCUUUAGUUGGCUUAACAAUUUAUUUAGGCUAUUCUUUUAUUCAUAUGUGGAAUGAUGCAGUGCAUUACUCAUAUAAACAUUAUAUAAGAAAAGAAAAGCAACGUAAGGAAUUAUAUGAAAAAAUUAGAAAAGCAAGAGAAAGUGGUUUGAUACCUAAAAGUGAAAUAGUCGAUUGA